CCUCCUCGCCCUCCGGGCAGGAUCGAGCCCCGCUCUGCCCCGGUGGAUGCGGGCUGUGGACGCCCCGGCCCCGCUCCCGCAGGGGCUCAGCGCUGAGGAUGGAUGACUUGGCUCUGCUGGAGCUGCUGGAGUGUCCCGUGUGCUUUGAGAAGCUCGACGCCUCCGCCAAGGUGCUGCCGUGCCAGCACACGUUCUGCAAGCCGUGCCUGCAGAGGAUCCUCAAGUCGCAGAAGGAGCUGCGGUGCCCCGAGUGCCGGACGCUGGUGCUGGGCAGCAUCGAGCAGCUGCCCUCCAACCUGCUGCUCAUUCGCCUGCUGGAUGGAGUCCGGUGCGGGCAGAAGGUGGCCAGGUUCGGCUCGAUGCAGAGGUCGGGGGUCCUGUCCUCGCCCGCGUCCCUCAGGAGGGUGCCCCGGGGGCUGCAGCUGCAGCAGCAGCGGCUGGCAAACAGCGCCAGGAUCCUCGCGGACGGGGUGCCCCGAGCCCGGGCGCUGUACACGUUCAGGGGCCACAACCCCGGCGAGCUGCGCUUCAACAAGGGCGACACGAUCGCGCUGCUGCGGCGGCUGGACGAGCACUGGUACCUGGGCGAGCUGCGGGGCAGCAGCGGCGUGUUCCCCGCCAGCUCCGUGCAGGUCAUCCAGCCCCUGCCCCUGCCCCCCGGCAGCCCCGCUCAGCUCCUUCAGGCCACCAAGGGCCACUGGUCGCCCCAGCCCAAGGGCUCAGCCCUGGCAGCGGCGUCCCCCAAGGGCAAGGGCGGCUCGGGGCGGUUCCCCAAGGAGUGCGAGCCCCGGAGGAAGAGCCUGCGGCAGUUCUCCAUCACCACGGCGCUCAACACGCUGAACCGCAUGGUGCACGCUCCGGCCGAGCGCCCCGCGCUGCGCAUCAGCUCCCCCGUGCUCAUCAGCUCCAGCAACCCCAGCGUGCCCACGGCGGGCAGCGACAGACCCUGCGGGACCCCCUCGGGCAGCGACAGAGCCGGCGGGACCCCCGCGCAGGUCAGCAGCUCUUACCCCUCAGCAGGAGCCCUGGGGCCGCCGGCUGCCAUCGUGCCCCUGCCCCAGCUGCAGCAGCAGGGCCCAGCCCACCUGAAAUCGAGCCUGUCCGACUCGAAGAUGCCCUCCCUGUACACGUCCUGGACACUGUCCAGCUCCUCGCUGUCCUCCCAGGGCAGCGCGGCGGAGCCGGCCCGGCAGAGCCAAGCGCUGCUGCUGCCCCUGCCCGUGCCCGUGCCCGUGCCCAGCGCCGGGCGCGCCCCGAACCCGGCACCGAACCCGGCACCGGCACCGCUGCGGCGCGGCCGCGGCAGCUCCAGGAAAAACGGGUCCCUGCAGAGGCCGGGGCCGGCGGGGACCCUGCUGCAGGUGACGGGCUCGCUCCGCCGGCCCGCGGGGCGGCCGCAGCCGCUGCAGCCGCUCCCGCCCGGCCCCGCUCCGCCCGCGGCGGCCGCGGACCGGCCCGCGGGCCCGAGCGGCUCUUCUGAGGCCGCAGCGGCGCUGCUGCUCCGGGCGGGCGGGAGCCGGGCCCCGUCCGUCUGCAGCUCGCUGAUCCUGGAGCACAACGAGCCCCCGGGCAGCAGCGAGGCGGCCCCGAAGCCGCCCGCGUCCGCCCCGCCGUCCAUCCUGGUGAAACCAGAGACCUCCCGCAACAGCGCCGAGAAGCAAGUGAAGACAGUGCGGUUCCAGACGCACAGCCCGCCGCCGCCCAAGCGGCACAGCCUGCAGCCCUCGCCCAGGCUGGCCCGCAGCCGCACCGAGCCCGGCCCCGAGGCGCUGCUGGCCGAGCCCCGCCUGGGCCCCGAGCUGCUGCUGCUCUGCUCGCCCCGCCUGGGCUCCAGCCCCCUGCACCCGCGCCGGGCGCUGCACCCCAAGGCGCUGUCGCUGGACCUGUCGGGACAGCUCACCUUCCCCAUCAAGAAGAGCUACAGCAGCAUCUCCGCCACCUGACCGGGCACCCUCUGCCUCCUGCCCGGCCCCGCUCCCUCCCUCGGCGCGGGGCGAGCGCCCGCCCUGCAUCCUCGCCCCGCCCGGGCCGGGCCGGUGCUGCUCCCCCGGGACCUGGGGCUGGCAGAGAGCUGGGGGACCCCAGGGACCCUCCCGGCCUGAGGGCUGUGGCAGACAGACUGA